UUUUUAACACACACACCUUCAUUCAAACGUUUCUUAUAUUAUUCACUGCCUAUUUUGUUCUCUCUCACCGAUCAUUUUAUUUUUUUGUUUUUCUUCUGUGCGUCAGUUCUCAGUUUAGUUUUGAUCGUCAUUCAAUACAGACGAGUUUUGAAAAGAUCAUUUCGGGUCGGUUUUUCUUAACAAAAAGUUCUUUCAAACAUUAAUUUUUUGCUCUCUCUCACUAUAUAUUAUAUGGAAAUUAACAUAAAAGAGGAGAACGAAAGAAGAAUAAAUUAUUAAAGUGGCGGUGAUUGGAAUCAUAAGAUAUAAAAAAAAACAUAAGAAUAUCAAAAAUAUAUAUAUAUGAAGAGUGAUGUGAGAAAAUAAAGGUUUUUGUGGGAGAUUAAAGAAAAUAUUACAUGUAUGAUUAUAAAGGAUUUUCAUUAUAAUCGUUGCUUAUUAUUGAACCUUAUUCUUGCUCAUACUUAUUUUUUGUUUUGAAGCCUGUUUCUUUUAAAAAAAAGUAAUCAUAAUUCUGUUUUGUUGAAAGUGAAUUAACGUUAGGAAGCACAAGAAAAUAUAUAUUAUUUUGUGAGGAGGAUAAAAAAAAAAUAGAAAUAUUCUCACGCACGGAUACAUGUGUAAAGUAGAGUGGAAGGACUUGCACAAGAAGGAUUUUUGUUAACACAAAAAAAAAAAAAACAAUUCGGAAAACGCCACACAAAGGAAAUAGUUUAAAAGAUAUAAUUUCAACUUCCUUCAGGUUGGUUCGAUUGUGUUAAGGCAGCAUAGUUAUUAUAAUAAAUAAGGUUCUAACAACAAAAGCAAAUAUCUCAUUUGAAAUGAAUUAUAAUGUACUUCACAUUCUCAUGUGAAAAGGAGAAUUAAGUAACAAGAAAGAAAAAUAACACACAAAAAAAAGAAACAGAUUCAACAUUGAACAAAAAACGAAGGCAGGAAGUGAUAAAGAAAGAAAUUUGUAAGAAGAAUAAUGCCAUCACCAUCGGACAUGGAGACCAACAGUCAAUAUUCAUCGUGUGAAACAUUAGACAGCUACAGAUCCAGUGAAUGUGAUGAGAAAAAUGAAGUGAAUGGGAAUUCGAGGGGUAGAAAGAUUUCAGCAGAACAUACAGAUUAUAUAGUGAAAGAAAGAGUAACAAGAAAAGAGCCACCAAAGCCAGCAUAUAAUCCAAUGCAAUUUGUGCAGAUAAAACCGAGUAAUUUGUGUCAAGUUGCACAAGAGCAAUUGAAGAAAGCUGAAGAGAUUAGGAAAGUCAAGGAGGUUACACGAAAGGAAGAUCCAGAGGAUUGGCAAAACAACUUAGACAAUUGGAAAUCAUCACGAAGAAAAAGAGUUGAACAUAUUAUUGAUCGUGUUGUUGAAGUCAAGAAAUUAGAAGAGGAAGAACAUGAUCGUAAUCGACGUACUAUCAAAACAUUUUCCGAAUUAAUGGAAGAACGUGGAUCACGCCGUAAAUUAUCAUCAUUAGCCAUUUAUACGGAAGACGAUUCCAAAAUUGAUAUGAGCGAUCUCACACCAGUCGUGUCGGAUGUAAACGAUUCAAGUGAUAAAAUGGAAACAAAUAGUGAUAAUCAUUCAGAUAAGAAUCAACCAAAUGAUACAAAAGCAACAGACGAUGCUUUUAAUAAUAACAGUAAUGAUGGCAGCAGCAGCAAAGGCAAUUUUCAUUCGACAGCACUCAUUAAAGAUAUCAUUCAUAAGAAUCCAAUAGUGCAUCCGGAAGUUGCGAAAGAGGAGAAAAUCGAAAUUGAGCAAAGAAUGACGACUGAUUUAACGACUAACGUCUAUACGAUGUCAGUUACAGCAAAACAGCAAACAGCAACAACAACGUCAGCAGUUAAAAUGAAUCGAUCAUUAGAUUCACGCGAACGUGAUUACACGUACGAUAAUGCAAUUGAGGAUUAUAAGAGUCGUGUCGCAAAGACAGCAGUGAAAUUGGAUUUACCAAAAGUUGACAUCACAAAAAGGCGAGAAUUGUUUGAGAAGGAACAGCAAUUGCAGCAGCAAGUAGAGUCAAAGGAAGAAGCUAAUAAUCCAAAUGGAAACAUAAGUGCGGCAGCUGCAAAAUUGGGAACAGAAAUAGUCAGCAUUAAGGAUAGAAUAUCAAGUUUGCGUAGUAAUUUGGCAACGAGUACCGUUACAACAGCGCCGACAAAGAAAUUGGAAGUUCCCGUACAGACAAAAUUGAAAGAUCGAUUAUCUAGUUUACAUCAGCAAAUUUCAUCGCCCGUCGAUGAACCAAAACGAAUAUUCGACACGCCAUUUAAGAAUAUUUCUGAGGCACGAAUUGAAUUUGAGAUGAAGCAACAUGUUCAGCAUCAACAGUCAAAUAAUAAUAAUAUGAAUAUGAAUAAUCUUCAAUUGCCAGCUAAAUCAGCAGACGACAAUGAAUCCUUAGAAUCAACAGACCGUGAAGACAGCGGCAUUCAUACAACCGACAUAUCAUGUUCAGUUUCACAAGCUGAUGAACAGCAGCCAACAGAGAGAAUUGAAGAAUUCCAACGUGUUAUACAGGAGAAAUUUACAAAAUUAAAUGUAAGUGAGAAAUUAAAGCAGCAACCAGACGUGAUUGAGCAUGUUAACAUAAGUGAGUUACACGAUGAUAAAAAUACGGACAUAGAAGACAACGAUGACGAAGAGGAUAUAAAUGAUGGAAAUGAUGAGGAAUCAAGUGAUGAUCGUAUUGAAGAAGCUUUAGAUAUGGCAUUUGAGCUUAUCGAUAGUGAGAAUGUUGAUUCAAUGCCAAAUCGUCAAUUGUCAAUGAAUAAAGGCAAUGACAAUAAUAAUAAUAAUCACAUUGGGGAAUCGAUUAUUGAGCCAAUUUAUGAGAAUGUUGUCGAUGAUGAGAUGACAAAAAUGGAAAGUGUAAAGAAAAAUUCGAUUAUGGAAGAAAUUGAAAUGGAACCGCACUAUCAGGUGCCAAGAUCUCGUGAGCCAUAUUAUGAAAUGCCGAAAAAGACCGUUCCGAUUCCAUUGUAUGAGAAUGUUGAAUUGAUGUUUCCUGCAUCAUCCGAUAGUUCAAGAUUCUCAAUGGCUGAGAGCAAUGAAAGCUUUGGUAUUGAUGAUGGAACUGAGAUGAUAUUCCCGAUUGAUCAAUCAAAAUAUUUAAAUCAAAUGCCACCAAAAGAAAAACCACCACCACCGCCAAUUCCAAUGCAAACAGAAGAAAUGUCAGGUCACGACUGUCAAGAACAAAUCGAUAAUUUCAAACGAAUAAAUUCAACGAAACGAAUCAAGAAGGAAAUACGAAAUAAAAGAUCAAGCUUUCUUGGCAUUGACGGGCAAGAGUUUGACGAUGAAAACACAUUGAAGAUGUCUGUGGCACCACCGCCAAACAUUAAAUCUAUUUUUCAAGAAGAAAAAAGAUUGGAGAAACAGAUGUAUCAAAAAGUUGGGCUAUAUGAGAAUGCUGUCAAUGGCGAAAGUCGUGAUUCAGGACUUGAUAAUCACUCCCGACAAGGUAGUGAACCAUCGUCUGAGUCAUCAACAUCAGAAGGAAAUUGUGGAAAUACAGAAGAAGUUGAUGGUAGUGGAAUUCUUCUUAGUGAACGUCGCGGAAAUUUUACAAGUUAUACAGUAAACGGGGAUGACAAUAGGAUAAAAUCACUUGAGGAGCAAAUAAGUCAACAAGAAACUUAUUCUAAUUAUUGUCAUCAUCAACAUGACGAUUCGUUCGAUGAUGACCAUCAGGAGUUUAAUGCCGCAACAUGGAAUUCCAAUCAAAAUAUGAACGAUUUAGAGUAUCAUCAAUCAUUGUAUAAUAGUUCAGCAUCACAACCAUCAGCAUUUCAUUAUGGUAAUAUGGCAACGACAUCAAGUCGAUCAGAAAUGCAUUUGCAUGCACCAAAGCCAUAUCAAGCGCCAGCAUCAUCAUCGUCAUCAUCAUCUGACCAACAACAGCAGCAACAACAGUUGCAUAGAAAUAGUUUAAAUAACAUUUCAAAUAAUAGUAGCAAUAGUAGUAGUAAUAAUAAUAGCAAUAGCAACAAUAAUAUUUACGGCAAUAUGACACGACAUGCAUUAAUGCAAAUAAGUGCCGUUCCAAAACCAAAAUUAACAAAUGAUUGGGUUCAAUAUCGAAAAUCGGAGCCUGUAAAGCCAUCACUUAAUUCACAUUGGCUUAUUCAAGAGGCAGAGCAACGUAGAAUUGAGCAACUGAACAAUGUACGAUCAAAUUCAGGCAUCUGUAGCAGUAAAAAGCCACUUCCAGAGUCUAUUAUUCAAACAAUAACGCAACGUGUUGUCGACUUGGGAAUUGGAACGAAUGUGAAUAAAAGAUAUACGGUAUUCGAUUCGAAACAGAUGCCGCAAAUCACUCAAACGCCAUCACACGCUCCACAAUUACUUAUGAUGUCACAACAACAACAACAACAGCCUGCAACCAAUAUAAGUCCUAUGCCAAAUUCUGGUCAAAUAAUCAUGCAUAAUCCUUUGCAACAACAACAGCACCACCAUCAACAAAUCACACCGCAAUCACCGCAGUGAACAACACAAAGAGGAAGUCUGAUAAAGUGUCUGAAAGGUUUAGACAUUGAUUCCUUGAUGGUUGACUAUGUUGUGAAUAUUUUUGUUUUAAUAUUUUAUUGGAGUUUUUGUUAUGUUGGACGAAUGUUUGUUCUUCAGAGGACAUUUUUCGUCUCUUGAAGCUUCAAAUAUCCACAAAACUUAUUUUUUAAAUAGAUUCAAUGUGUAGAAAUUGUACUUAUAACUAGAAUCCAAAUACUAUUGACUCUCUAGAACAGUAUUGUCUUAACUGUGUGCCGCAGUACACUGGUGUGCCGUAGAAAUUGUUUGGAAAUAACACGAACCGCAUGUUGUGUGAGACUUCGUCAUUGCCUACACCUAAAGUGUGCCGUGGCUCUUAAAGUUUGGAUAAUACUGCUCUAGAACUUUAACCUAGAAACAGGCGCAGAACUAAAUGGAAGAUAACGAACCAAUCCUUUCUACGCUGGUACACUUCUUAACUUUAGAAUCCAAAUGAUGGAUUGAUAGGUGUUUCGGGUAUGGGACAGAUAUAUUCUAUAUAAAAUGAUAGUCUAAACCUGAAAAAAGAACGCAAUAGAGAAACAAUCCAAACGAUAGAGAAAUAAACAUAAAAUCAAUUAUGUUUCUCUUUAUAUAAAAUGCAUAUAGCUAGCAGUAGCAAUCUUGCUUCAUCAAAUCUACUAUUUUUUUAUUGUAAGAGGAAAAAUGAAAGCAAAAAUAUUUCGAAUUGCUUUGUCAGUCCAAAGGGGUAGAAAUUGAAUUAUUUUUUUAAAAAGAAUCCCGAAUGAUUGCGAGGUUAAAACUACAAUGCAUACAAUGAAGUGAAAUUGUGGUUGAUUGAAAGUGAUAAAAUGAAAGUUUUGCGCACUUUGAGCAGUGGCCACCCCUUAAAAUACCAAAUCUUCCAAUUUAUAAAUGCUAGAAGUUCUUCCCACCUUAAAUCAAAGGCAAUUUCAUCAAUAAGAAAAUCCCUUAAAUUAAAAAAAUUAGUAGAAUCAAUUGAAAGAAUUUCCCACCCCCUUGGGUAUUAAACUUUCUUCUUAUAUAUUUUUUAUUGUAUUAUUUUGUCGCUUAUUGUACGCUGCACGAGUAAUGUUUUAUGUUCCAAUCAAGGAAUAGUUAAGAUGAAAAAGAUAUAGUAUUUAAUAAAAUAUAUUAAAUAGAGACAAGAAACAAUGAUGAAAGUAUGAAAGUUUAAAAUUAGAUUUUAUGUCAGAAUAUAUUCUGUGUAUGUGUCUCAAUCAUUAUUAUCAUUAUUAUAUUAUUUCUAAAAAUAAAAAAGAGAAAAAUCUUAUGG